AUGGAAGGGCAGUACCCUGCCAUUGAUAUGCGUUUUAUUCAUUUACUUUCAUUUUUCUUCCUCAUUUGUUGCUUUCGUCGUUACUGCCUAAUAAAUCAAUUUUUGUUUCAAAAUGAAAGUAAUUGGCAAGCUCAAAGUUUCCAGAUCUUCCAAAAUACUAAAAAAUCAUAUGAGAAUUUGAAUGAAACUCAUUUGAUAUCUCUAAUACACACUUGCAAAAACCUUCAACUCCAACAAAUCCAUGCACAUAUUAUUCGUCAAAACUUGUCAUCCAAUAGCAGAAUUAUUACCCAGCUUAUAUCUUCAGCUUCUUUACACAAAUCCAUUAACUAUGCACUGUCUAUUUUUCAUUGUUUUCAUGAUCCAAAUUUGUAUUUAUUCAAUGCUUUGAUUAGAGGAUUAAAGGACAAUUCUUGCUUUGAAAAGUCAAUUUUGUAUUUUAAGCUAAUGCUUAAGGUAAAUGUUACACCUGAUAGGCUUACGUAUCCCUUUGUGUUGAAAUCAGUAAAGCAAAAAGGACUUGGCGGUGUUGUUCAUUGUGGGGUUUUGAAAAUGGGUUUGGAGUAUGAAACGUUUGUGAGGGUUUGUUUGGUUGAAAUGUAUGUGAAAGUUGAGUUGGUUGAUCUUGCACUGCAACUGUUCGAUGAAAGUCCCGAGAGAAAUAAAGUCGAGACUGUGCUUUUGUGGAACGUUGCGAUUAAUGGAUGUUGUAAAACAGGGCGGGUGAGUAAGGCGUUGGCGUUGUUUGAAGAAAUGCCGGUGAGGAAUGCGGGUUCUUGGAAUACUUUGCUUAGCGGGUUGUUGAGGAAUGGGGAAGUGGAUAAAGCAAUGGAAAUUUUUGAUGGGAUGGAGAGGAAUGAAAAGAAUGUUGUUUCUUGGACUUGUGUGAUUAACGGGUUAACGCUAAAUGGAUUGCACCAAAAGGCGUUGGAUUUGUUUUUAAAGAUGGUGGAAGAAGGUACGAAGCCGAAUGGUCUAACUGUUGUAUCUGCUCUUUCAGCUUGUGCAAAAACUGGGGCACUAGAAGAAGGGAGAAAGAUUCAUGAUAAUAUUUCAAACAAUGGGCUCCAUUUGAACACAGUGGUUGGUAAUGCCUUGCUUGAUAUGCAUGCAAAAUGCGGGUAUAUUGAGUCUGCAAGCCUGGUUUUUGGUGGAUUGAAGGAGAAGGAUAUCUGUACGUGGAGUAUAAUGAUAUGGGGUUGGGCAAUUCAUGGACAUAUAGAUGAAGCUCUUACGUGUUUUGAACAGAUGAGAUUGGCUGGAAUCAAACCUGAUGGAGUUUCUUUCCUUGCUGUUUUAACUGGAUGCUCUCACGCUGGACGGGUGGAUCAAGGUCUUCAAAUCUUUGAUAGCAUACAGCGCGAGUGCUCAAUUGAGCCCACUAUGAAGCAUUAUGCUGCAGUAGUAGAUCUACUUGGCAGGGCUGGCCGAUUUGAUGAGGCCUUUAAAUUUAUUGAAAGUAUGCCCCUGGAGCCAGAUUAUGUGAUUUGGGGUGCACUUAUUUCUGCUUGCAGAGCUCACAAGAACAUUGAAAUGGCAAAAGUUGCAUCAGAGAAGCUACUGCAGCUUGGGCCAAAGCAUGCUGGGGGCUAUGUGUUUCUGUCUAAUGUUUAUGCAGGAGCAGGGAGAUGGGAUGAUGUAGAAAGAGUUAGGAGUUCAAUGAAGAACAAAAAUGUUGAGAAGGAUCCUGGAUGGAGUUCAAUGGAGGUGGAUGGUCAAUUGCAUACAUUUGUUGCUGGUGAUAAUGCUCAUACACGCAAGCAGGAGAUAUACUCAAAAUUGGAGGAAAUUAUUACAGGAGCUAAACAACAAGGUUACAAGCCGGAAACUGAGUGGGUGCUUCAUAACGUUGAUGAGGAAGAGAAGGAAGGGGUUGGAAAGUAUAGUGAAAAGUUAGCACUUGCUUUUGGGCUCAUUAGUACUGGUCCUGGUGUGGUCAUUGUGAUUGUGAAGAACCUUAGAGUGUGUGGGGACUGCCAUUCUCUAAUGAAGUAUGUCAGCUGGAUGAGUCAAAGGGUGAUUGUGUUAAGAGAUAUAAAGAGAUUCCACCAUUUCAAAGAUGGAGUUUGUUCCUGUAAAGAUUACUGGUGAACUAGUAUGUGUUCUGCUGGAUGACUUGCUUGUUGCCGAAG